AAAUCGCACCGAUUUGGAGCGUCGGCGAGCUCCCGAAAACCGGGUUUUGCCGUGCGGGGCAGUGAAGUGAAAUUGGUUUGACAACGCAGCGAAGAAAAACAACAUCAAAACAAUAACACACCGAGCGCACUUUCGAUAGUAGCUAACGUAACAGUGAUUUUAACACAAGAACCCAUUAAUAGCCGUACUAUGAGAUUUUUGGCCGGAGUUCGAGUGCCGCAGAUCAAUGGGAAAAGAUUCAAUUCGAGCUCAAUGUUUGUGCCAGCCCACGAACCGGCACACGAGAGCGAUUGUCGCCGGUUGGAAAAGUUCCUGGAAGACAAACCGCACAUUCUCGUCCUGACCGGUGCUGGCAUAUCGACCGAAUCGGGCAUUCCCGACUACCGAUCGGAGGGCGUAGGUUUGUAUGCCCGCUCCAACCACAAACCAAUACAGCAUGGUGAUUUCGUCAAAUCGGAAGCCACCCGGAAACGCUACUGGGCCCGGAACUAUGUCGGUUGGCCAAGGUUUUCCUCGAUCGCACCUAACGUUACGCACUACACCCUGGCGCGCCUGGAGCGCGAGGGACGGAUAAGCGGAAUAGUGACGCAAAAUGUGGACCGGCUGCACGGGAAGGCCGGUUCGAAGCAGGUGAUCGAACUGCACGGCAGCGGAUUCGAUGUGAUCUGCAUCGGAAGUCAGGACGAGCGGGGCAAGGGCUGCAACUAUCGUAUCGAUCGGCACGAGUUCCAGCACAUUCUGGACCAGCUAAAUCCGGCCAUGGAGGAUAACUCGACCUCGAUGCGGCCGGACGGUGACGUGGAGCUUUCGAUGGAGUACGUGCAGGGGUUCAAAAUACCACCCUGUCCGCAGUGUGGCGGAAAUCUGAAGCCGGAAAUUGUGUUCUUCGGUGACAACGUACCGAUGCCGCGGAUCGAGAAAGUGGUACGAAUGAUCAUCGAGUCGGACGGUGUGCUCGUGCUCGGCUCUAGCUUGACCGUCUUCUCGGGCUAUCGGAUAAUACUGCAGGCGAAGGAACUCGGGCUGCCGGUGGCUAUCGUCAACAUAGGUGCAACGCGCGGUGACCCGAAAGCGGAUCUUAAAAUUUCGGCCCGAUGCGGCGAAAUAAUGGCAAACCUGUUCAAGCCUGCCAGAUAAGGUUGAAAAGAAGAGUUAUUUGGCGGGCUAUUUGGCGGACUUGACGCGAGAAAAACAGAAAACUGUUGUACAUAAGGACGAGUCUUGGCUAGCUGCAGCCGUAUUUAAAAGUUGUACCUAAACCUGUUUGUUACCUCAUAUUAUUUUAAUACAUUGUUUUAAACACCCGA